GACAUCAUUGAGCACGCCACGUCGGUAUUUUUUUUUUCAAAAAAGCAGCAGGAGUUGCGCGCGCAAGUCGAGAACCUGAGGGAAUUGUAUGCUAGCUCGCUCGCUCGAGCAGCGCGCGCGCGCACGGGCGGGCUUUCCUCCAUCUGGGCGGUAACGAGCGCGUGCAUGGGCAGGUGCGGGCGCGCGCGGCGGUGUGCUGCUGCUGCUACUAAUAUCCGCCUCCCUAAAAAGCGAGGGUAGCGACGCUAAGGGCGACCGGCCUCAGGCAGGAGAGAACCUCGGUACUUUUUUUUCUUUUUGCUCGGCAGCUUUUGAAGUCAACAACUACCUAGAGCCCCCCCCUCACCGCGCCCACGGCAACGGAAAGCUCAUCAGUCUACACAGCUCAUACCUGUGAACUAUAUUAAAAAUGGCUGCUAGUAAAGCAAAAAGUCAAAGCUCUCUUGCCCUUCACAAAGUAAUCAUGGUGGGUAGUGGAGGCGUGGGCAAAUCAGCACUUACACUUCAGUUUAUGUAUGAUGAGUUUGUUGAAGACUAUGAACCAACCAAGGCUGAUAGUUACAGAAAAAAAGUUGUUCUAGAUGGUGAAGAAGUCCAAAUAGAUAUUCUGGAUACAGCUGGGCAAGAAGAUUAUGCAGCUAUUCGAGACAACUAUUUCCGGAGUGGAGAAGGUUUUCUCUUAGUUUUCUCCAUUACUGAGCAUGAAUCAUUUACAGCCACAGCAGAAUUUAGAGAACAGAUUCUCCGUGUAAAAGCUGAAGAGGAUAAAAUACCAUUACUAGUAGUGGGAAAUAAAUCAGACUUGGAGGACCGUCGACAAGUGCCUGUAGAAGCUGCUCGAAGUAAAGCAGAAGAGUGGGGGGUGCAGUAUGUAGAGACAUCAGCAAAAACAAGAGCAAAUGUAGAUAAGGUAUUUUUUGAUUUGAUGCGAGAAAUUAGAUCCAAGAAAAUGUCAGACAAUAAAGACAAGAAUGGCAAAAAAAGCAGCAAGAAUAAGAAGAGUUUUAAAGAACGAUGUUGCUUAUUGUGACCUUUAAGAGCUACACUUAUAGGUGACAGUACUAACAAGACAUUUUACUACUAACAAUAGAGGACUGAAUUAAUAGGAAGAAACCUGAAUUCAAUACAUUUUUCAACUCACAUUGAUAUAAGAAUAGAAGUUCAACAGAUCCAUGUAUACCAAGAAGGAUGAUUCUUGACAGCAGCUGUCACUGGUAAACAGUAAUGCAAGCAUUUUUUUCCUUUUAUCAUAAGCAAUUUACCUGUUAGUCAUAUGGUGCACUCUGAAUUUACCUCUGGAUGCUGUUUCAAGGGCACUCCUCAGCAAUUCUUCACCAUCCUUUUUGUUUAAAUUGCAAGUUUUCACUGAUGUUCCACCAAAGUUACCUGUCUUUUCUUUGUGACUUCAUUUUAUGUGUUCUUAAAGGCUUAAAUGCCUUUGGUUUUUUUUUUCUUUUCUUAAACCACAAGUUGACAAAAUUGUAUAGUGCUGCUUAAAAUAAGUUAUGGUGGUGUCAGUUUUGCUGUUUUGCCAACAUAUUAGAUGGACAGUGUAAGGCUUUAUCUUUAAAAAAACCUUGAGCAGUGAGUUAGCAUUUCCAUAAUGACUAUAGUAAAUUUCAGAACAUUACUAAUUAUAUUCUGGCAAAUUAUAUCAUCUUAAAUUGGGAGCAAAUUAACUAGGAAUCUUGAGGCAGAGGAGUUUCUAAGCUUAACCCAAUUUUUCAGUACAUUUGUUCAGGAUUGUGGCAUUUGAAGUCCAAAACCUAUGAAUGACAUCAAGCUAGAAAUUUUUGGUUUAUUCCAUUAAGUAAUUCUAUCUUUCCUCCCAAAGGGUUAGUUUCCUCCCAGAAUGUGGACAUUUUUACUCAUGGUGUUGUGAUGGUUUGUGGUUAUGUAUUGAAGCCAUAGUGCUUGUUACAUUUGCUCUCAAUGUUUAACGGAAGAAAGGGUUUUUUUUUAAUGUGAAAUUUCACAUUCUGUAGUUUCAUGAAUUGGAUACAGUCCUUGUUUUAAAAGUGAGUGGUUAAAAAAAGUCCCCAAGUUCUGAUCCUGCACUUACUCUAUUUGAACUAUAUAUAUAUUUUUUAAGAAACUUGUACAGAAAAUGUUUCUAGCAGUUUGUUUGAAACAUGAUGCAUUAUAGUUAGCUUUACUUUCUUUCUCCCAUGAGAGUUGUUGGUAUCUGCCUAGGUGAUACCAAGAUACGGAAUUCUACUCCUGAGUGAGCACUCCCUCCCUACUGGUUUCCAUUUUAUGGAGCAGUGGUGGCUAAAUUAAAAAGACGGAGAUGGACAAUCUUUUCAUAUAUCUAUAUCCAAGGUAAUAAUGAGUUGCCAAAAAGUCUGACCCUUGCUUUCCUUGUACGAGAACUUUUUAUAUUAUUCACUGGAUAAUGGGAUAAAGUUUGUAAAGACAGCUAAAUUUAUUCAGUUAACAUUUUUUUUUCUUUUGUCACUAUUUGAUCAUUAAUGGGGUAAAUAAAAAUGUCAUGUAGAAGUAUAUCAUUACACUUUAAAAAAUAGCUAUGGCCAGUUCAUUAAACCAUUCUUUCUGAAUUUGGGGCUCUUUUAAACUGUAAUUUUCUUCAUUUCCAAACAGGAUGUGAGAGGAACCCUCAAAAAGCACCAACCUGGAGAAAAUUCUGUUGAACAGAUAUACUUUAUAUAAAUGCUCUUAUGUGGUCAGUCGUAAAAAUACGUUUUCAGAUUACGUUUUUUCAAAAUUCCAAGAAUCCGCAUGUAUCAGGAUGCUUUGGAAGAUUUAAAAUAUCCAGCUUAGAUCUGGGCAUGCUUUAAGAGAGAGGGAGUUUUAAGAAUUGGGAUUAUGAUACCACAUAAAACUAAGUCACAUAAAUCAAUGAGCCAGCAUUCUGUCCCUUCACCUCAGUAUUUUUUUUUAAAAAAACUUUUUUGAAUUGUUAUGUUUAUGUUGGAGUAUAUACACUGUUUUCAUUUAGUAUGUGUAGUAUGUCAUUUUUAGCAAAGGUUAUAGAAGGCUGCAAAAAUGAGGCCUGUACCUCAUUUCAUAUGGUCCUAUAUCCAUGACUUGAAAAAGUGAUAAAACAGCUGUUUCAGAGAUAAGCAACGUUGGAAAAUAGGGAAAUAAACAGGUAGCAGUAUGAAGAAGAAGAAAAAUGCAACCAUGUCUGGAUAUUUAAAAAGUUAAAGGCUAUUGUCUGAGUAUAAAGAUUAGGAUUUAUCAAUUAAGAUUAUUUGAAAAAACAACUGAUAACGCUAAAAUAGGAAACCUAUAAAGAAGUUUUAUUUACUUUAUAUUGGCAUAAUAAAACAGUGCUAAAUGAUGUAUGAAUGUAUAAGAUGAAGCAGAUAUUGAGUUCACAUAUUACUAUGGGUUAGAGAAGGCAGGGUGUGACUAAAUAUGUUUAUGGGAACUGGCAAGACUAAUAAAAUACCACAGAUUGCUCUUCUAACAAUCAAAGUAUGGACGUGGUUCAGUGUCAUCUAUCCUGAACGCAGAUGUAGAUGUCAUAAUUUUCAGAUAUAUAGAGCUUUGAGUAACAAAGCAUUCUUUGGAGAUAUAGUUUUGAUAGUUACAACAAUCUGAAACCUGUGGAUUUCAUCUUGAACAGGGAUGGGCAGCAUGUAACUUUCCAGAUGUUGUUGAAGGUCAGCCCCAGUAAUCAUAGCAUAUGCUAGCUAAUAGGAAGGGACACAGGUGUUGAAGAACCCUCUUUGGAGGACCAAAAUUUGCUCAACUCCAAGGUAGAUGUUUUAUGUUGAUGAUACAUAGAAGCUUUCAGAAAUCAUGAAGGAAGAUAGAGCUUCACAGCAAUCUCUGAAAUAAGUUAACAUGAAAAACUUGAGCAAUGAGAAACUUGAACAAAAAGAACCUUGGUAAUUAAAAAAAGAAGCUAUGGGAUUUAUGCAAUAAGAAAGCAAGCAAAAAAGAUAUUCAUGUCUCCUGUUUUUAUAUGUAGAACAUAAAUAUUGUAAUUAAAUUACUGUAGAAAGAGCUAUAGAAAUUUACUAGGGAAAAUAACUUGCAUAGUUUAGAGAUUACUUUAGCAUUUUGUUUUAAUCUUUGCAAGUGGCUCAGAAUCACUUGUGUGAGAUGCAUGGCCAUAUAAAUUUAGGCAUACACAGAGAUUCAGGGUUUAGGAUGGAAUUUGAGAAAGGCUUUAGUUUUUGAAACAUCCAUAUAAGCCUUGCGGUUACAGAACUGUUGUAACUCUUUGAGAGAGAUACUUCUUAAUAUACCUUGCAAACCACUUCUUUUUCAUGCUUUGUAUAGCCGUAAUACUCUGAUCCACAGGUGUCAAACUUGCCGCGUCACAUCAUCGUCAUGUGACAUUUCACAAUAUUUUUUCCCCUUUGUGGAGCUGAGGUGGGCAUGGCCUGCAUGUGACACACUUGGGCCACGGGCCACCAGUUGACACCCCUGCUCUAAUCCUUUAUUCAGUGGAAAUUUAUUCCAAUGUCAGAACUGCUUGCUGCCUAAAUUCAUUAAAUUAAACAUAUUCCCUAUAAUGCCGUAAAAAUGAAGCAAUUUAUUUAGAAGUUGUUUACUUUAAAAGAUGUGAAAUCAGUAUUUAACAUUGUUUAAAAAUUAAACCAUGAAUUCGCUUGGUUCUUCAGUUGUUGAAUUAUAAUUCCUAGCAUCCCUCAUCCUUGCUUAUGCUGCUUUGGUUUGUUGCAAAUUCAAAUUCUGCAUUUCCUGGCAUAAUUGCUUGGCUGCUUAUAUUGAAGUAUUUAAAUGAUCUAAUAGCAAAUGGUGCACAUUCUUCAGAGGAUUUGAAAUGUGAUAGCAUCAGUGAUUCACAACAAUUGGGGACAGUAAACAUAGGAAGAUGUCUCACAGUGACUCACGUCAUUGGAUCUAAGUCAGUAUUAGUCCUACUCUGAUCAGUAGCAGUCCAAAAUUCUUAAUUUUGACAUUUUUCAAUCUUGCUUGAAAUAAGUUAUGAAAUUUGGUAUAUGUAAUUUGGUUUUUAUUAAGUAAAUGAAUGCAUUUUUCUCCUGCUUCUGAAUGCAUUUUUCUCCUGCCUAUAAACCCGCUGCUGGGAAUCUGGAUCUUAAGGAUCUUGAGAAGCAUAGGACCUACUUCUAAACUUUAUCCAUUCUAGGAAUUAUAGGAGAUGAAGUCUAUUCAUACUUGGAAAAUCACAGUCAUACAUGUUUGAGCUGUACUUGUAAAAGCAUCUGUACAAAUUGGAUUCUAUAUACGUGACAAUUAAUAAACCAUAUAUGGUCCCACACACUCAUUUUUGCACUUAAAUGCUAUGUAGUUUGAGUUGGAUUUCUCUGCUUAUUUUAUGAAUAUCUUAUGGACCAACACCAGUCAGGCAAAAUAACAAAAAAAGUUUGUGAGCAUGAUACUCAUUUCAUAAAGUAGUUGAUCAAAACAUUUGGAAUAUUAAAAUUUACUUAUAAUUAGGAAAUAAUUUUUAAAGACCCCAAAUUAUUUGUUCAGAAUUUUUGUAGGAGAGAGAACUCAAAAGUAUAUUUUCUUGUAAUAAAACAAACCCUGAGCCAUAUUAGAGGGAGAAAAACUAAUGGAUAUCUUACAAACUCAUAUUAAAUACAGUAAUUUUUAGUGAACUCUCUGCUUCAUUUUAGAUCCAUAAAAUAGUUUUGGAGAUUAUAUUUAUAGCUGGUUGUGCAAAAUGGGAAAUGAACAGAAAAGAAAUGUGAAGAAAAUAAUAUUUUUUUAAUCUUUAGAUGUAAAAUAUUAAACCAAAUGUUUUGAAAUGUAAUCCUCUGUAGUUUAUAUCUUUUCAAAAAUCUAAAUUACAACUCUGUUUUCAUUCUCAUGCUGAUUCCUUUCAUUAAAAAGGAAAACAGCUAUUAUGAACAAAAUGCAAUUUCUAUCAAAGCUCACAGAAAUAAUAUAAAAACAUUCUAUUAGAAUAUUGGAACAUUCAGUCUCUUAAUUUCUAUAUAUACUUUAUACUGAUGCUUAUUAACCCAACUAAAUAGAAUAUAAGCUGCUUUUAUUACAAUCUUGCUCUUCCAAAAUACUUUCAAGUCUCUCCCUGCAACUCUUCUGGUUCAUAGAUUCUAUUCUUUUCCAUGUUAUGUGAUGUAGCGCCACCAAUGAUGAUUACAUUGUGUAUAAAUGAAGUUACUCUGGUUUGUCUGCAAAUGAUGGUAAAGAAACCCUAUUGAUAUGAAGGUUACUUCAGUAUUAUUUAUGAAAUAUGUUUGAAUUGUUUGAAUUAUCUUUUUUCAACUUUUAAAUCAAACAGCAUUUAAAAAAUAAAUCCCUGAUGCUCAGUUGGAAAAUGUACAUGUAUGAUUCCGUAUGAGAAUGGAAUUGAAAUGAAAAGUGACAUAACAGCAUAAUAAAAUUCUAAUUUCUCCUCUGA